CGCGUCCCCUAUUUCCAUCUGUUUCGGUUCGAUUCUCCAUUCCCGGAUAAACAGAAUCUCACUCCCAAACCCCAAAAAAAAAAAAAAAAAAUCAGAAGCAGAAGCAGAAAACCAUUUUUGGAUUUCGGUUCCUCAGUUCCUCGCCGGCCACUUGGAAAUUUUUUGAAAACCAGGGCAUCCUUCUCUGCAGUAUGAAUCAGAAUAAAGGAACAAGCUCUUUAUCUUCACCAGAUCUCCCUAUGAAGCGGAAACGUGGACGUCCACGUAAGGAUGAGAAUUUAGUUCACGGAGAGAGCAUGCCUGCAAUGCCAGGACCUGAUAGUUUGAAGAAACACAAACAGAGUGCGGGUACUAACGAUGAUGGUGAAGAUGAAAUGGUGGGUCGAGUGGUUUCUGGUGUUAUUGAAGGUUCAUUUGAUGAUGGCUAUCUUCUGAAUGUUAAGGUAGAAGACACCGACACUCAGCUGAGGGGUGUUGUAUUUCUUCCGGGAAAGUUCACUCCAGUCACUGCAGCAAAUGAUGUUGCUCCUAAUGUUAAGAUGUGCAAAAGAAAAGAAGUUCCAAUACCAGCUGUCAACCUGCAAUCUCAUCUUUAUGGUUCUGCCCGCCCAUCAGAGCAAAGUAACAGGCAACCUUCUGACGUGAAAAAGCAAAUACCUGCAGUUCCAGACCAAAUUCCACCCCGUAUUCCUCAGUGUGGCAUCCCAGAGUCUCUUAGAAGCCAACCAACCUCUUUUGUAAUUCCUCCGGUUGAUAAUUUGCCAAAAGAUGAUGCCCCUACCUUAGGAGGUAAAGUCAUACCACAGCAACAGUUGGAGCCUGGACUUGAUAACCAAUCCACCCAUGUAAUGACAAAGUCCGAGAAUGAUGAAGUUGUUGAACAGGAAAAAGUGUUGGAGGAAGUUGAACCGGCCACAACAAUAACAGAGCCAACUGGUGUAGAGGACAAUAAAGAAUCAAAAACAGAAACAUCAUCUGAACCAAUUGGUGAGUUACCAAGCAUAGACACAGUACAUAAGGAUCCUCCAAUUCAACCUCAGGCUGUGGGUUCUGAAAGCCGUGCAUUGGUUCAGGACGACGUAAAGAGCCUGAAUUUUGAAGUCAACCAAACUCCUGUAUUUGCUGAAGCUACUCCUGCAAUGGCUAUCAUACCAAGCGUUGAAACUGUAUGCAAGGCUCCUCAAAUUCAACCUCAAGACUGUGGAUGCUGAAAAGAGUCAAUUGGUUGAUGAUGAGGUAAAGAGUGUGAACGUUGAACUCAAUCAAACUCCUGUAUUUGCAGAACCUACACCAAGUUCUGUCAUACUGGGAGUUGAGACUGUAUGUAAGGAUCCUCAAAUUCAACCAGAGGAUGUGGGUUCUGAAAAGAGUACAUUGGUUCAGGAUGUGGUAAAGAGCCUAGAUCUUGAACUCUGGUUGCAGAACCUGCAUUCACUGCCAGUAAACCAGUUGAGAAUCUGAUGGAAGAAGAGGCUGCACCAAAGCCGAGUCAGGUGUUAGGGGGAGGUACUGUUGCAUCUAUAGGAUCCAUUCCUUCAGCCAUGGGUGAACCUCCUUCUGGUGCUGUUGACAGUAUGGAAUGUGAUAUUGCAGAUGCCAUUCCAGCAGCACAAUCUUGGAUCAGCUCCGUAGUACAAGGCUGGUUGGGCCGGUUUUUUCAUUUCAGUCACAAUUUAUGCUUUUUGGAUGAUGUUGCUCAUUUUUUUCAGUUGUUUGAUGGCUAUCAGUGCCCAUCACUCCAGUUUCUUUUGGAGACCUAUCUUGCAGACAAUUGCAGAAGUUUGUUGUUUUCGCUUUUCCCAUAGCAUAUUUGAGUGUUU